AUGGACUUCCCGUCGCGAUCCACCCAGGGUCUCGGCCUCAGACAGUCAUCCGCCGCCGCUGACGAGACCACUAAGCAGUUUUUCCACCAUUCCUCGGCCAAACGCGUCAGCACGGAUGCCGUCAUCACCAAGGCGCUCAAGGAACAGUAUCCCAACCUCGAACUGGUCGUCGCCCCCGACUACGGCGUCGAUCUCAUUGGCUUCGCGUCUUCGGGCCAUGCCAGCUUUACCUUGGUCGACGACGCCGGCGACGGGCUCCCUUCGUCCGUCAUCUGGAAGGGCUACGCGCCCCCGGCCCGCCGUAUCGACGGCAGCCCCGGCGCUCUGGUCCAAAACCUGUCAUUCGCAAAGUUCUUUUACACGUGGAAGGGCCACGAGUUUGUCGUCUACGUGGUCAAUGGCCGCGACGGCACUGGUGCGUGGCCCGAGGUCCGCAACAACUACAUCCUGACCGCCGACACCCUCAAGGCCGACGCCCUCAUCGUCGCCGCUGGCCAGUGGGCCAACGCUCUGCACGACGAGAUCUGGGUCUUUGACCGCGGCAUGUGGCAGAAGAACGCCGAGCUGUUCCAGAGCAUCCAAAAGGCCUCGUGGGACGCCGUCAUCCUCGAUUCCGACAUGAAACAGGCCCUCAUCGACGACCACGAGUCCUUCUUCGACUCGCGCGCCACCUACGGCCAGCUGCAGGUCCCCUGGAAGCGCGGCAUCAUCUACUAUGGCCCUCCCGGCAACGGGAAGACCAUCUCCAUCAAGGCCAUGAUGCACACGCUGUAUGAUAGGAAGGAACCCGUGCCUGCCCUCUACGUUCGCAGCUUCGCUUCCUGGGGCGGCCCAGAACAAGCCAUCAUGGAGAUAUUUCUCAAGGCCAGGCAGCUGGCGCCGUGUUACUUGAUUUUCGAAGACCUUGAUUCCCUAGUGUCGGAUUCGGUGAGGAGCUACUUUUUGAACGAGGUCGAUGGCCUGAAAAGCAACGACGGCAUCUUCAUGAUCGGCAGCACCAACCACCUCGACCGCUUAGACCCGGGAAUUUCGAAACGCCCGUCCAGAUUUGAUAGAAAGUACUACUUUUCAAACCCGAGCCUCGAGCAACGGGUUGCGUAUUGCAAGUUCUGGCAGAAGAAGCUAGCCCACAACAAGGCCAUUGACUUUCCAGACAAGCUGUGCGGCGCCGUCGCCGAAAUCACUCACGACUUCAGCUUCGCGUACAUUCAAGAGGCCUUUGUUGCUUCCCUGCUCUCUAUUGCUCGAGACAGUACCCGAACUGCCGUGGGCGGUGCAACUGCCAACGAACUCGAAGAUGGUUGGGUUGGAGUCUCGAGGGGCGACGAUGGCGAGGACCUGGAUGAUCUUAUCCUCUGGGUCGAGCUCAAGAAGCAGGUGGCCAUCCUGCGUGAGGGGAUGGAGGGAAAGCGGCAAUCCGAUAUCCCGGAACGUGAGCCAUUGAAUUAA